UCUUCACUCUUCACUCACCCACUACUCUCUCUCUCUCUCUCUCUCUCUUCUCCGUCUCUCUGAAAUUUUCCCGGGAAAGCGUUUUCUCGGAGAAACCCCAUGGAUAAGUUUCAGAACCGGUUCACGAGAUUCGGAUUCAUCUCGGUUUGUAUCGGAUCGAUCGCGCUCGUACUUUUGUUAUCUCGUUGCUCGACUUCCUUCUUCGAUUACGCUCUUGAGAAAUUCGAAUUCUCGUCCCCAGAAUCCGAGCUCCGGAGUAACGUUUACACUAUUACCGCCGCCGAAGAAGAAAUCGAAAACAGAGCCGCCGCCGCCGUCGUCGUCGUUGAUUCUCGCCAUGUUUCUCAACAGAUCCUCUCACUCCGAUCUACUAAUUCCUCUUUACAACAGAGUAAACCGGAAAAACUAAACCGGAUCAACUCAGUGGAACGAGGAUUAGCGAAAGCAAGAGCAUCGAUUCUAGAAGCUUCUUCAUCUUCUCCGUCGAGUCAUCGUAACACUACAUUGUUCAGCAUUGAUCUUCCAAACCCAGAAAUUUAUCGUAACCCUUCUGCUUUACAUCGGAGUUACUUGGAAAUGGAGAAGAGGUUUAAGGUGUAUGUAUACGAAGAAGGUGAGCCACCGUUGGUACACGAUGGACCUUGUAAGAGUGUAUACGCGGUUGAAGGGAGGUUUAUAUAUGAGAUGGAGAGAAGGAAAGCUAGGUUUCGUACUUACGAUCCUAACCAAGCUUAUGUCUACUUCUUGCCGUUUAGUGUUACUUGGUUGGUUCGGUACUUAUACGAAGGCAAUUCUGAUGCUAAGCCUUUGAGAACGUUCGUUUCUGAUUAUGUUAGAUUGGUUUCGACUAAUCAUCCGUUUUGGAAUCGGACUAAUGGUGCUGAUCACUUCAUGCUUGCUUGUCACGAUUGGGGUCCUCUAACUUCACGAGCUAAUAAGCAUUUGUUCAAUACAUCGAUUCGAGUAUUGUGUAAUGCUAAUUCAUCAGAAGGGUUUAAUCCUACGAAAGACGUGACUCUUCCUGAGAUUAAACUCGUUGGUGGUGAAGUUGAUCCAAAACUCAGGUUAUCUGCAACACUAUCCGCUUCUCCGCGGCCUUAUCUCGCGUUCUUCGCAGGUGGAGUCCACGGUCCUGUUCGACCGAUUCUCUUAAAACACUGGAAACAGCGUGACCCGGACAUGCCUGUAUUUGAGUACCUUCCUAAACACUUAAACUACUACGAUUUCAUGAGAAGUUCGAAGUUCUGUUUCUGUCCCAGUGGCUACGAGGUAGCUAGCCCUAGAGUCAUUGAAUCCAUCUACUCAGAGUGUAUCCCCGUCAUUCUCUCUGUUAACUUCGUGUUGCCGUUCACUGAUGUUCUUCGUUGGGAGACUUUCUCUGUUCUGGUCGAUGUUUCAGAGAUUCCGAGGUUGAAAGAGAUUCUCAUGUCGAUCUCUGAUGAGAAAUACGAAUGGCUUAAACGUAACUUGCGGUCUGUGAGGAGACACUUCGAGCUUAACGAUCCUCCUAAGAGGUAUGACGCGUUUCACUUGACUCUUCACUCCAUUUGGUUACGUAGACUUAACUUGAAGCUUACGUAAGGAGGACCAUCUCAUAGGUAAAACGUUCUGUUAGAUAUUAUUGUAAAGUCAUAUCUCAGAAAUGUAUGUAAACCCUUAAUGUCUAGAUUGAAUAUUUGAUGUUAUUAGUAUAAAAUAAAUAAUUACUAAAGCCAA